AUGUGUUACUCAGCCUCUUGCCCAGCCUGCACCAAGACGUCGUGGCGCGGCUGCGGAAGCCACCUCUCCAACGUCUUCGCCGACGUGCCCGAAGAGGAGCGCUGCACGUGCGAGCCCAAGGUCGAGGUCGACGGCACCGAGUACCCGCCCCAG